UGCUCCUCACUCCGUCCUCCUCCUGCACUGCGAGCAUGUUCUCCACAACGCUAACCGCACUGUUCCUUUUACAUCGGUUCUACUCAGCCGUCGGGUUCUGCGUGACGGGAUGCUCCUGCACUGAAGACAGCGCUGGAAGAUCUUUAUUAUGUAUGCAAACUGCUUUAGGAUCAAUUCCUGAGAACCUCCCUGGAGAUUUGAUCAAAAUCAGAAUCGAGAAUUCGCACCUCACAGAAAUCCCUGAAAGGACUUUUUACACAGUCAGUGCCUUGGAGUCGCUGUGGCUGAACUUUAACACCAUCACGCUGAUGAACAUUAAGAGCCUUGAAGGCCUGUAUAACCUGACUGAACUCCGACUGGAAGGAAAUAAACUCAGAACGAUACCGUGGAUGGCCUUUCAGGACACGCCCAAACUCAAAAUCCUGGAUCUGAAGCACAACCGGCUGGACGUGCUGCCGGAAUUCGCGUUACGCCACCUGUCCUCACUGACCUAUUUAGAUUUAUCCUUCAAUCAGCUUACGGUGAUAUCCCUGGAUGUUUUUCUCAACUGGCCUCGCUAUCAGGUACAAAAGCCCAGCAGGAGGGAGGACAGUGAUGCUAACGUCGUAUUAGCGUUGCAUGAUAACCACUGGCUGUGCGACUGCCGACUCAAAGGCUUUGUCGACUUUGUCAAAUCCGUCAGUCCGCCCAUCAUUUUGAUGAACUCCUACCUGUCCUGUUCAGGUCCAAAAUCUAAAGCUGGGAGGUUUUUUCAUGACGUCGAGUUGAGGAAUUGUCUGAAGCCGGAAAGUUCUACCCCUGACGCUAACGUCACGGCAGUGCUAGGGUCCAACACGACGCUGAGGUGCUUUGUGAAGGCGAGGCCUGAUGCGGUGGUUCGAUGGAGCUACAGUCUAAAAGCCAUCAGAGGUUUCACAGUUUCUCAGUCGCAGGUGAACGAGGAUACGAUCAUCUCGGCUUUAAUAAUCCCGACAGUCCGCUCAUCCGAUCACGGCCUCUACAAAUGCAGCGCCAGCAACUUCAUCGGGAAUUCCUCCGUUAGCAUCCAGCUCAACAUCUUGAACUCCAACGUUUCCUUUGCGAUGUCCCCGGGCUUUCCUCUACCCUCCGUCAACGAAAACAUUUACAUCGAUAUACGAAUCGCCAAGCAGACCGUGUACGGUAUAACCAUCGAGUGGUAUGCGGUGACGGAGAAUCCCUCUGAAACGUGGUUCACUGUCCAUUUCGGUCGCUACGAUUCUCCAAAGAAAGAGGCUCUGUACGUCGGCCCAGGCAUCAACAAGUACACCGUGAGCGACCUUGAACCAGCCACAAAGUACGAGGUGUGCGUCUCGCUGAAGAAUCAGUCGCCUCGUCCUGAGCAGUGUAUUGUUUUCGUGACGGGGAGCAGCACGAACGAACUGGAGCAGCGUGAACGACUCAUCCACAUUAUUGUGAUCGUUUGCGCCAUGGUGCUAGCGGUUCCUGCGGGAAUGUUCGCCUGCACCACCAACACCAGGAUCAGCUGCAUGGAUCGCUGCAUUCAGGUCUGCAGCAGGAAUCGGGAAAAGAGAGACGCAAAGGACUCGCAGGAAAACGACAGGCAGGGAACGUUCGACAGUCUCCAGACGGCCAGCGACGAAGGACUCUGCAGAGAUUCGGGAAAAGAGAAGAAAUGGAGACGGCGCUCAGAAGACAAAGUGCAGAAGGCUAACAGCGCACAGCUCUACUAACCAACAUGGUGGAUCGAUUUAUAUAAACUGACUCACAAGCAGUUCAGUCAUAAAAUACUGACGCACCAGCUGAGAACUCUCUGAAUGGGCGUGGCUUAAUAUUCUAACGAGCACUCUUAAUUGACAGCAUUGCACUUUUUAAAACUUACAUACGCCGACCUACUCAAUCAGAAGGCUAUGCUAGCUAGAUUAGCGUUUGUUUGCUAGCUCACUAAACUGCCGUGUGGGUGGAACUUGCAGCAUCUGCCUUAUGAUUGGUCAGAAAGCUUGCACAUGCUUUAUCCCAAACUAGGGAACCCCGCCUACUUUCCAACUAACAAGCAAGAAAAUCUAGUUUUAAGAUGUUUUGCUGUAGCUCUGAAGUUCUCUGGAGGAAUGUGUGACAUUGGGUUUUUAUAAAUUAUACAUACAACCAUACUCUGUAAAGUAGAGUCUGUAAUAUCCAGAUGAAUUUAUCCACUGUGUCAUCGAAUAAGAAAUCAAAUGCUAGACAGGCCACGCCCACAAGAGACAAACUUGAUGUAACAUUGACGUGGCAGUGGUGGCUUGGUGGUGAAGGCUCUGGGUUACUGAUCAGAAGGUCGGGGGUUCAAGCCCCAGCGCUGCCAGGCUGCCACUGUUGGGGUCUUGAGCGAGGCCCUUAACCCUCUCUGCUCCAGGGGGCGCUGUAUCACGGCCGACCCUGCGUUCAGACCCCAACUUCCUACCAUGCUGGGGUAUGAAGAAAAGAAUUUCACUGUGCUGUGAUGUAUACGUGAUUAAUAAAGAUGCAUUAUCA